UCGCAGCCAUUUUGAGCAGUGGUAUCUCGAACUUGUAUCGCUCCACUUGUCUCUGUGAUCUUUGUUCUGCGGCGACUGCCUUUUGUUUUCAUUCUUCUAAUUUUUAGAUUAAAAGUUUUCAUGGUGUUAUCUGACAUUAAUUAUUUGCUCUCUUCCACCUAUUACUUCAAGGGCCAUAUCUUACGCCUUGUGAAGAUUGAAAUCUUUAAAACUGAUAUACUAAAGUCCAUUUUCUUUAAAGUGUGCAAGACGUGUCAAGGGAAUAUGGCUUCAAUACCACCAUCAGCAUUUUCUGCGGGUCGGAUUCGCGAAACGCAGCACAAUAUGAAAGUUUCAAACUUAAAGACAGGAGCGGAUCCACCUAAAUACUUUAAUACUAAACUUAUGGAACUUUCUCCAUUAAAAUACAACAGCAAGCUGAUGAACAGCAUCUGGGGUUUCUACAAUCGCUAUUCCCCACAUAAUGUCAAGAAAAUCAAUGACGCUAUUCCCUUCAAUGCGGAAUUGCAGCAGUCUGCUGUCAAUUCCCCGAUCAAAAAUGAAACUACCAUUACCUUACCGACCGCUAAUCUUGAUAACGUCUGGGCAUCCUUUAAUGCUUCACAAUCUCAAUGAUAUUGUAUUCAAUACUAACACAUUCAUAUAAAUCACUAACUUUUCAAAUUUCAUGUUAAGGAAAAUAUAUGUUAUAAGGGUGA